CUUUGAUUUUAUAUUUUAUGUUGGCUGCACCGUGUAGAAUUACUUCAGAAAUAUUGACAAGUGAUUGAAGCAGUUUUUGAUUGACAUAGAAAUAUUGACAUAAGCUAAAUAAAUGCCCUGCUGGGUUUGUUUAUUGCUUUGCUUUGCAAAAAUGCUGAAAUGAAUAAUGGCAGAUAUAUUAGCUUGUCGUAUUUGUUUAAAUACUAAUGUGAAAUUAUAUGACAUAUACAAAUAUCGACUGGUUUCUGCAUACGAGAAUCUAACUGGAUCUAAGGUGCUGCCUAUAGAUGGAUGUCCAAAGUACACCUGUAAUGUAUGUAGCACAUUUCUUUUAAAAUGCCUAUCAUUCAAAAGCCUGUGUCAGAGGAGCCAAGACUUACUGAAGUAUGCGUACAGGCAAAAUCAUCAGAUUACAACAGAAUACAUAACAAGUUUGGAUCUCAACAUGCAUAUAUUAUCAAAAUAUAGCAUAAGUAGAAACAAAAAUAUAUCGUUACCUUGUGACCAAAGCAUUAAGAUUAAAGAUGAAGUCUCGAAUUAUGAUGAUGGAGAUUCAGGUGAUGACACAGACAAUUUCAGAACAGACGAAGAUACACACACUAAUAUAGGUGAAUCAAAAAAGGAAGUAAAAUCUGAGCUUUCGUCAAGCGACGAAGAGCCUCUGUCCAGCAAAAAAGCUAAAAAGAAAAAGGUUAAAGUGAAAAAGACCGUUGUUAAAAGUAAGAAACAAGUUACAGCAAAACACAAUGGCAAUCAAGAUAACUUGGACAAUGGGAAUCAAGAUAACGAUCCAGUGUCAGAGGGAGAAGUAAACAAUGCCGUUGAUUCUUUGGAUAGCGAUGAAGUAGAAGUGACAAUACUAACUAAAGAGCAGCAGCUGGCAGAGGUUAAAGCCAGAAUGUCUUCAAUGAAUUAUCGUCAUUCUUUUUAUAAAUGUGACAUGUGUUAUAAAGGGUUUAUGUCGGCUGCUACGUUCAAUAAUCAUAUGAUAAGACAUGAGCUGUCGGCCGGUAGUCACGUGUGCGAGAUCUGCCAAACAAGAUGGCCGAACGUGCGAUCGUUACGUACGCACGUGGUCACUUCGCACGAAAGGAAGUUCGUCUGCAAACUAUGCGCGCACGUUUCGAAAUCCAGACAUAAAGCUAAGGAGCAUUUCAAAUGGCACAGCGGUCACAAGUUUGUUUGCAACAUUUGCGGCGCCUCGUUCGAAAAAUCUACAAGUCACCUAACGCAUGUAAGAAUACAGCAUCCGUCUAAACACAGCUGCGAAAUUUGUGGCGAAUCUUUUAUAGGCGAGAAUGGACUCAACAUGCACAGGAAGAAGGCUCAUAGAAGCGUGGAGGAUGACGAUAAAAAGGACAAGUCUCUGUGCAUACGAUGCGACGUCACAUUCCAAAGCGUUGAAGCUUUGAAGAAGCACAAUUCCGACAACGAGAAUGAUUGCAGAAGCGCUAUCCCUUGUGUCCAAUGCGGGGAGAACUUUAUCACAGACCAACUUCUAAAGGAUCAUUUGAAGGCGCAUUUCAAAGACGAACCGGUCAAAUGUGAUGAGUGUAACCGUUCGUUCGCGCACGAGCGUUCGUUCGCGAUCCAUUUCCAACGCGUGCAUCUGGGCGUUAAGGUGAAGUGUCCCACCAGUGCCUCGUCGCCCAACAGGCCCGUCGUCGUGUGCGAAAUAUGUGGGAAAAAGUGUAUUACCAAAGCCACGUUAAUGUAUCAUCAACGUACUCAUACGGGGGAGAAACCUUAUUCAUGCCCUCAAUGCCCUAAGAAGUUCAGCGUGCACCAGAGAUUACGGAUUCACCUUCGAACACACACAGGAGAGUGUCCGUACAAAUGUGCGAGCUGUCCGAAAGCUUUCAAGCACAAGGCAGCUUUGAACAGGCACGAUAGAGUACAUACGGGGGCGAAGCCCUAUUCCUGUUCCCAUUGUGGGAAAUGCUUCUCCCAGUCUAACUCAAUGAAGCUUCACGUGAGAACGGUUCAUUUGAAAAUGCCAGCACCCUACAGGGGCAGACAGACGGACAAACUUAUAGCUACAUAACAAUAUACAUAAUAUAACUUCCUAGUACCUUCUAUUGGAUGGUACCUUCAAAAUAAAGAAAAAAAUUAAUCUUCUAAGGGUGAUGCCAAACGAGUGUAAUUUUGUGAGUUGUGAGUCGCUUAUUUUCGGUCACUUACUUUACGUUCAACUGAAUUUCUGUUGAGCUGCCAUACGAACGUAAUUUAUUCAGUUACUAUUGAGUUAGCGGGGUGUUCGUGUCGUCGAGUGCAAUGGAUCCAUUAAAAAUAUUGUGUAUUUACGAAGCAUAAUUCAGAAGAUGAGGCCAGAAAAAGAAACUGGGUAAACUCACUGAAUAGUCAGAGGCUGAUAUGUGGACAGUUCCAUACUUUAUAUGAACGUUUAUGUGCAAAUCCAGAUAGGUUUGAAAAGUACUAUCAUAUGCCAUUACGUGUUUUUCAAGAAUUAUUACACCACGCAACUUGUAACAAACUGUUGCUUCCCCACUCCCCUUCCUUGCCCUACCCUCACCCCGACCGAAAUUCGGACGAGCUUAUGCGCAUUGAGUCGGCAGACAACUCAUUUUGCGUUGUCGUGUGGCACCAACUGCCUUUUUGUAUGAAACCGAAUGCAGCAGAAUUUCUGCGACCGAAAUUCUGCGACUCACCACUCAUAAAAUUACGCUCGUUUGGCCUCACCCUAAUAUAUAAAAUUCUCGUGUCACGGUGUGCGUAAUUGAACUACUCCGAAACGGUUCGACCGAUUUUCGUGAAAUUUUAUAUGCAUAUUCAGUAGGUCUGAGAAUCGGACAACAUCUAUUUUUCAUCCCCCUAAAUUUUAAGGGUGGUCCAUCCUUAAUUUUUUGGACAUUUUUUUUAUUGUUUUAUAAUGCAUCAUGCAAAAUACAUACAACCCUAAAUUUUCACCCUUCUAACACCAACCCCUAUUUUUUUAUGGCUGCACGAAGUUCGCUGGGACAGCUAAUACAAUGGUGUCGAUUCUGCCGUGAUUCUCUAAACUUAAAACUAAAUUUAACAUCAGUCUCUCCUUUUCAUUCUGUAUAGAGAAUGACAGGGAUGCACUGUUGUCAUAUAUAAGUUUAGCUUUAGAGAAUGAGGGCUAUCGCGUAUGAAUCCGCCGCUAGAGGCGCUAGUGUAGCGUGAGGUCUCCGAAAUGUCAAAUGUUAUUG